AGGAGUCUUGAAGCCAGAGAAGAAUGGAGAGGUGGACUGGCACUCAGCCCUGACAUUUAUAGGCCAGGUCCUGGCCUGCUACCCCAUCUAGCUCAUUGGCUUCAAACACUGGAUCAAUCCUUUCCUGUCCAUGAAGGGUUGGAUGAAGAAGGUCCAGGGUACAUAUCGUUAUGGAGACUCCUCUUGAGAAGGCACUGACCACCAUGGUCACCACUUUCCAUAAAUAUUCAGGGAGAGAGGGUAGCAAGCUGACCCUGAGUAGGAAAGAACUGAAGGAGUUGAUCAAGACAGAGCUGAGUCUUGCAGAGAAGAUGAAGGAGAGCAGCAUUGAUAACUUGAUGAAGAGCCUGGACAAAAACAGCGACCAGGAGAUUGACUUCAAGGAGUACUCUGUGUUCCUGACCACGCUGUGCAUGGCCUACAAUGACUUCUUCCUAGAGGACAACAAAUGACCAGGACACUGGCAGCUCCUGAUCCUGACCUCUGCAGCCUCUUUAACUGCCCCUCCUAUGGCCCCUGCCCUUCUCUUUCUCCCAGAUGGAUCCUUCCAGCAGAGAAAUAAAGCCUUAUCCAUUACA